AUGCCGAGCAUAGUCCGAUUUGGUCGGACCAAAAAGUCGUCUAAACCCGAAACCGAGAAUGCUAACUCCACUCCCCAUGUGCCAGCUACACCAAAUUCGUUUCGAGCUCCUCGCAUCAGCUUGCCCCAUGUCGAUACAGAGCUGAACAUGUCACAGCACAAUGGUUUGUUUGCGGUCGACUCUCCCGAGCGACUUAAGGGCCCAGAGAUUGUGGAGAAUACAAUGGAUACAAUAAGUCCGCCUCCAAGCUAUAUCAGUAACGGAUCACCAAACCCCAUGAACGGUGAUGCGACAGCAGGGGAAUGGUCUUCCGCCGUCGGCCACGCAGCUACGGGCAAGUCCGGACGUGUCAUACACAAUCUACAAGAAGAUAUCGCGCGCCUGACCCGCGAAUGCAGCGUCUACCGGUCUCGCGCGGAGGAGACCCAACGGAUGAACGAAGCCUUCAAAACGCAGGUACAGAAUAUGACCGACCGUCUCCGCAACCUUGAACAUUCGAACGAAAUGAACCUACAUUCACUCUCACGUAAGGAAAAGAAGAUCGAGGAGCUGCGCGCCGAGCUCCAAGGCGAACGGGAUAGACGGGAACUAGCGGAUAACGAAAAGGCAAGAUUUCGCCAAUUGAUGGAUGAAGCGCAAGAUGAUUUCCAUCAAAAGUGCGCCGAACUACAAGAGGUCGCCCAUCACUCCCAGACUCAGUACGACGUCUUGGCGAAAUCUGGGCAGCGCGAACGAUCCGACCAACAACGGAGGCUGAAAGGUAUACGGGAAGAAUUCAUUGCGUUGAGAGAAGCACAUAAUCAAACAAAUUCGCAAUUAGGCCAGUUGGAUUCCGUCAUGGCCCAGAAAGACCGAGAGAUUGAACUCGAACGAGCCAAAUUCGAAGCCUUGUUCAAGCAGUAUGAGGCCUACAAGCGAGCGCAUGACGAAGAAGUGCGAGACUUGAUCGAACAAAACCAGCAGGGCCAGGCCAAGCUCGACGCUGCCCUUGCAUCCCUGAAAGAAACCGAGGGUCAGAUGAAAUGGGUCUUACAAGUCAAACGCGAGGUCAACGACGCCGAAUGA